CCCUCCCCUCUCUCUCUCUCUCUCUCUCUCUUCGUCUCCUCUGAUCUCUCUCAGCCGCCGGAAAUCGUCGCUCCGUCGACGGAAUACCACCCUUUUUCGCCGGAAUUUGCCGCUCCGGCUGUGUUCGGGCUUACUUUUCGGGAGAACUCUGUGUUGCUGGCUCGUUGGGUCGUCGGGAGGGAGGAGACGCUUCGAUCUCGCGUGGGUUUGGGCCGUCGGAAGGGGAAUGUGGGUUCCGAUCUCGAGUCCGGUUUAGGAUCCCGUGGAGAUUCUUGGAUUCGGGCGGAGGGUGACGCGGAUCAAGAAAGCGGCGUGCGAUGGGCUGAGAGAAGCACAUGCUUGGAUAGAGAUACUGAAAUUCACCGAGAGUCACCAAGGCAUAAAACAUUUCAAAGAUUGAACUUGAGUUGUUCCUCAAGUCACAGAUGAUGCCAAUAUGAUGACAAGAAGUGGAGGGGAUGCUUUAAGAACAUCCACAUCAUGGGGAACAGGAACACGUAGAAGUAUAGAUGAAAUUCCUCAUUUAAGCAGUGCUAGGAGGGAAGCUUUUUCAAAGCAUGAGUUGGAGAAAUUCAACAUAUCUAAUUUAGAGUGGAUUAAUGAUAUUCCAGAGUGCCCUGUUUUCUAUCCAACAAAAGAAGAAUUUGAGAAUCCAUUAGAUUAUAUUCAACAGAUUGCUCCUAUGGCUUCUAAAUUUGGUAUAUGCAAGAUAGUUUCACCCUUGGUUGCCACAGUACCUGCUGGCAUUGUUUUAAUGAAGGAGAAAGCUGGAUUCAGGUUUACUACUAGAGUGCAGCCUCUCCGGCUUUCUGAGUGGAAUGCAAAUGACAAAAUCAGCUUUUUCAUGAGUGGAAGAAAUUAUACAUUUCGGGAAUUUGAGAAGAUGGCAAACAAGAUAUAUGCUCGUCGAUACUCUAGUGCUGGAUAUCUCCCAGAUAAAUACUUGGAAGAGGAGUUCUGGCAUGAAAUUACCAAUGGCAAGAUAGAAACUGUUGAAUAUGCAUGUGACAUUGAUGGUACUGCAUUCUCAUCUUCUCCUAGUGACCAACUUGGAAAAAGCAAGUGGAAUUUGAAGUGGCUAUCUCGGCAUCCCAUGUCCAUAUUGCGCCUCCUGGAAGCAGCAAUUCCUGGAGUUACAGACCCCAUGCUCUACAUUGGGAUGCUAUUCAGCAUGUUUGCUUGGCAUGUGGAAGACCACUUCCUCUAUAGCAUCAACUAUCAUCACUGUGGAGCAUCCAAAACAUGGUAUGGGGUGCCAGGUCAUGCUGCUUAUGAUUUUGAAAAGGUGGUUAAGGAGCGUGUAUAUGCUCAUGAUCUCUUAUCUUCUGAAGAAGAUGAUGCUGCAUUCAGUGUUCUUCUAGAAAAGACAACAAUGUUUCCACCUACUAUACUAUUAGAAAAGGGCAUUCCUGUAUGUAGAGCCGUACAGAGACCUGGUGAAUUUGUUGUAACAUUUCCACGAGCAUAUCAUGCAGGCUUCAGUCAUGGUUUCAAUUGCGGUGAGGCAGUCAACUUUGCAACUGGGGGAUGGUUUCCAUUUGGUGCUGCAGCUAGCAAGCAUUAUGCAUCUCUUAAACGAAGCCCUUUACUUCCGUAUGAGGAGCUUCUCUGUAAGGAAGCAAAGUUUCUUGAUGAUAGAUUGUCAAAUGCAGAUUCUUUAAAUUUCGUACCAUCCAAACAUUUUUCCUCCCAAAGCUCCAUAAAGAUUUCUUUUGUGUUAUUAAUUCGGUUCCAGCACCAUGCUAGAUGGGUGUUGAUGAAAUUUGGUGCAUGCAUGCGCCUAUCUUCGGAUGUAAUUGGGACAGUGCUUUGCAGUAUAUGCAGAUGUGACUGCUAUGUAUCUUAUUUUCAAUGCAAUUGCAACUUGCAACCUAUCUGCCUUCGCCAUGUCAUGGAAAGAACUCAUUGCUCUUGUGGUGGUAAAUGCAUUGUCUUUUUGAGGAAGGACCUUGGGGAAUUGGAAGCUUUAGCACAGAAAUUUGAGGAGGAGGAUGGUAUACUCGAAGCGGUUGAGAAGAAAAACUUGCUUCAUACAACUGAAGAUGGAUAUAGUCCAUAUUGCAAGAUAAAAUUUGUUGAAACCCCUGCAAUUGCAGAAAAUGCUGAGCUUUACACACAAGAUUUAACUUGCAUCUCACAGAAAGAAGACAUUUUAUAUGGUUCUCCGGUACAGAUUUCCUCUGAUUCCUCAACAUUAUCAUCUUCUAUUGGACUAGAUGACGGUUCCUCUAUGGACAUUGAUGAUUGCGGAAAGUCCAGAAGAGCAAAUCCAACUGACUGUUCUGUGAGGCUUUCAGGAAAGGAAUAUGGUUCUCCGCAAUUAAUUCGAUCAUCUGAUAAAUGUGCAACUGACUAUAAUGCUGGUACCCGUCGCACUGCUUUUCUGCAGGACAGUGAUGACGAAUCUGACUCGGAAAUCUUCCAUGUAAAACGCAGGUCUUCCAUGAUCAUGGUAAACAGAUCUGCCAAUAACUCAACUAGUCAAAGGUUUCCUGAACAGCAGGUGCUUAAACGAUUGAAGAAGCUUCAUCAGGGGGGAGGAUCUGCACAUCUGCCUUAAACUAAACCGGAUUAUCACCAAGGGAUAAAAGAAUCCUAGAGGGGAUUAUUUUGUAAUUAGAUUAAACCAAAAUAGCCAUAAAGAGCCCUGAGUGUCCAUCAAUCUGAUGGGGCAGUACAGAGGUCCACAAUUGGAAAUGCUUAGUCUAAGCAGCAUAGUUUGGACUUUGCAUCAAUCAAGCAUCGAGUCUCCAACCCUUUUCCUGACUUGUUCAACAUAACAAUUCUAACUGGACUGUAGCUUCUGAAAUUAGAAUAGGGGGCUAAGAAUUGAUGAGUGACGAAAAACAAUUGUCUGGGAAAUCGCAUUCGAGUAACUGAUUCUUUGUUCAGGUCUUAGGUUGAGGUUCUGUGCUUAUAAUUCCUGUCCCUUGUUGACCGGGGGAUCCUGUAAGAGGAGGUUUGAUGUUUAAAAGUGUACAUUUAUUCAUUUAUCAACUACUGAAAGUGGUCAUUUCCACUGUGUUGUAGGUCACUAUUCUGCUAUUCCUACCUCUUAUUCAUGCUAUUGUUCUUACAGCUUUAGCACUUAAUAAAAUGCUGAGGUUCUUGUUUCAA